AUGCAUCCUGAUACGCCUGAUUCCAUUUCAACACUGGAACAAAAGCACAAUGGGGUGCCAGUGCGGUUAAUCCAUAAGGCGCGUCGCGCCAAAGCUCUCAUCCAAGAUAUUGCAACCAAGCCCCUCCGGCCUCGGCAACGGUUGCCCGUGAUACCACAAGGAAUCCAGAGAUCACGGUUUUUUGUGGCAAUAGAGGAGCUCACAGAUCAACUCGGUGGCGAAAACGUUGAAGUUAAUGAUAAACCGCUUCAUGAUGGCUGGUAUAUGGAGCAUCCAAACACACAUGAUGGGAUGGCUGUUACACAUGAGGAAGAACUAGUUGCUUCUGCCGUUGUCUAUCCGGGCAGUACGGAAGAGGUACAGAAGAUUGUUCAUUGGGCAAAUAAAUAUCUCAUCCCCCUCCACCCUAUUUCAAUGGGCCGGAAUUUCGGCUAUGGCGGAGCUGCACCGCGGGUUCGGGGGGCUGUCGUGAUUGACCUUGGAAAACGCAUGAAUCGGAUCCUCGAUAUUAACCCAGAGGACUGUACCUGCCUGGUCGAACCGGGAGUUUCGUACUACGCACUAUAUGAGGAGGUACAAAAGCGCGGGUACAAGCACCUCUGGAUUGAUGUUCCUGAUCUGGGAGGUGGAUCAGUGCUGGGCAAUGCCCUUGAGCAUGGAGUGGGUUAUACACCCUACGGGGAUCAUUGGGCCGUGCAUUCUGGCCUUGAAGUUGUGACGCCCACUGGGGAGCUGGUUCGGACUGGUAUGGGUGCAUUGCCAGGGAACAAUACGUGGCAGGUAUUUCCCUACGGGUUCGGUCCUUUCAUCGAUGGUAUAUUUUCCCAAUCAAACUACGGCAUCGUCACUAAGAUGGGUUUUGGCCUGAUGCCGGAUCCGGGUGGCCAUGAGAGCUUUCUUUAUGCCUUCAAGAACGAGGAAGACUUGGAGCAGCUCGUCGAGAUAGUACGGCCUCUUCGAAUUGCUAUGAUCCUGGACAAUGCAGCAAACAUCCGACAUGCUUUACAGAUUCUGGCAUUGUCUGGGAAGCCCCGAACUGCUUUUUACAAAGGAGAUGGGCCUUUUCCUACCGAAAAGAUGGCUGAGUACCUGAGAGACCAUCCCUAUGGCGAAUGUACCUGGUUAUAUUUUGGUACAUGUUACGGUCCGCAGGAAACACGCCAACUCAAGCUCGACAUUAUCCACCGCGAAUUUAUGAAGGUACCCGGUGCACGACGGAUCGAACCAGGAGGCUUACCACCUAGCGACUACUUCUGGUCUCGCGAUAAAAUUGCCAGCGGCGAACCGGACCUGGAAGAGCUGGCGUGGAUCAACUGGUGGCCGAAUGGUGGACAUAUUGCUUUCAGUCCCGUGGCCCCUACUCGUGGCGCAGACGCGCUGCGCUUGUGGAACAUGGCCAAGAAGCACUGGAUUGCCUCUGGCCUAGACUUUUUCCUCGACUUCGUGGUUGGCCUUCGCGAGCUCCAUUUGAUUGUGGAGUGUGUGUAUAAUCGCGAUGAUCCAACCCAACGUUCCACUGCAUUGGAGGUAAUGCGGACCCUUAUUCAGGAAGCCGCAGUGAAAGGAUAUGGUGAGUAUCGUACUCACUUACUACUGAGUGACCAGGUCGCGGCGACUUACUCGUGGAAUGAUAAUGCACUCAUGAAAUUCAACGAGAAGCUAAAGGACUGCCUGGAUCCAAACGGAAUCCUAGCACCAGGCCGGAGUGGCAUUUGGCCAGCAAGAUACAGAGGAAUGGGCUGGGAAAUAACUGGCCACAGGGAGUCGUCUGAGGGUGGCGGAGUAGCACCCCGGCCAGCAUCCACGAAACUUUGA